AGCAACCUGGGCCGCAUGGCGCAGCCCUCAAGCCCGGGCGGCGACGGGCCGCCGGGCGGCGCGGCAGGGGGUCCGCGCGACGCGCUGAGCCUGGAGGAGAUCCUGCGCCUCUACAACCAGCCCAUCAACGAGGAGCAGGCGUGGGCCGUGUGCUUCCAGUGCUGCGGCUCCCUGCGCGCCGCCGCCCGCCGCCAGCCCCACCGCCGCGUGCGCUCGGCCGCGCAGAUCCGCGUCUGGAGGGACGGCGCCGUCACCCUGGCGCCCGACGCCGACCAAGAGGGAGAGCCGCCCCCCGCCUCCGGUAAAUUGGGAUAUUCACAUUGUACAGAAACAGAGGUCAUUGAAUCCCUGGGAAUUAUUAUUUAUAAAGCACUGGACUAUGGCCUGAAGGAAAACGAAGAAAGGGAGCUGAGCCCUCCCCUCGAGCAGCUCAUCGACCAGAUGGCCAACACGGUGGAGGCUGAUGGGAGCCACGACGAGGGCUACGAGGCUGCAGAUGACGGCACGGAGGACGAAGACGGGGACAAGAGAAGCAUCGUAGCUAUUCGGUCCUAUCAAGAUGUCAUGAAGAUAUGUGCUGCUCAUCUCCCAACUGAGUCAGAGGCACCAAAUCAUUAUCAGGCAGUAUGCCGAGCACUGUUUGCAGAAACCAUGGAACUCCAUACAUUUCUGACCAAAAUUAAGAGUGCAAAGGAGAAUCUCAAGAAGAUUCAAGAAAUGGAAAAGAGUGAUGAACCUAGCACAGAUCUGGAGGACCUGAAAAAUGCAGACUGGGCACGGUUCUGGGUACAGGUGAUGAGGGAUUUGCGAAAUGGGGUGAAACUUAAGAAAGUUCAACAGCGGCAGUACAACCCGUUGCCCAUUGAGUACCAGCUCACCCCUUAUGAGAUGCUCAUGGAUGAUAUUCGGUGCAGAAGAUACACCUUGAGGAAAGUAAUGGUAAACGGUGACAUUCCCCCUCGGUUAAGAAAGAGUGCUCAUGAGAUCAUCCUUGACUUCAUCAGAUCAAGACCACCUUUAAAUCCAGCUUCAGCCAGAAAACUGAAACCAACCCCACCACGGCCACGGAGCCUCCAUGAAAGAAUAUUAGAAGAAAUUAAAGCAGAGAGAAAGCUUCGGCCUGUCUCACCAGAAGAAAUUAGACGGAGCAGACUAGCAAUGCGGCCACUUAGCAUGUCUUACAGUUUUGACUUGUCAGAUGUCACCACACCGGAAUCUCCAAAGCGUGUUGGGGAAUCGUCUGUGGUGAAUGGAGGCAUAACAUCUCAAACAAAAGAAAACGGGCUGAGCGCUGCCCAGCAGGGGCCUGCCCAGCGGAAGAAGCUCCUCAAAGCCCCAACCCUGGCUGAGCUGGACAGCUCUGACUCUGAGGAGGAAACUCUGCACAAGUCAAGCAGCAGCAGCAGUGCGUCUCCUUCCCUCUAUGAGGACCCCGUGCUGGAGGCCAUGUGCACCAGGAAGAAGCCUCCAAAAUUCUUGCCCAUCUCAUCAACACCCCAGCCAGAGAGACGGCAACCACCCCAGAGAAGGCAUUCCAUUGAAAAGGAAACUCCUACGAACGUGAGGCAGUUUCUGCCGCCCUCCAGGCAGAGCUCGCGCUCUCUUGUUCCUAGGAUAACCAGUGUAUGGCCAAGGACGCCUUUCCGACCACUUUUCUCUACCAUACAAACAGCUUCUCUGCUGAGCUCUCAUCCUUUUGAAGCAGCCAUGUUUGGGGUAGCAUGGGCUAUGUAUUAUCUGUUUGAGAGAGCUUUUACCAGCAGGUGGAAACCCUCAAAGGAGGAAUUCUGCUACCCAGUGGAAUGCCUCGCUCUCACUGUGGAGGAAGUGAUGCACAUUCGUCAGGUCCUGGUGAAAGCAGAGCUGGAAAAGUACCAACAGUAUAAGGACGUCUACACCGCCCUGAAGAAAGGAAAGCUCUGCUUCUGUUGCCGCACGCGGAGGUUCUCCUUCUUCACCUGGUCUUACACCUGUCAGUUCUGUAAGAGGCCCGUGUGCUCACAGUGUUGCAAAAAGAUGCGGCUGCCCUCCAAGCCAUAUUCCACUCUGCCGAUCUUCUCCCUGGGACCUUCUGCCUUGCAAAGGGGAGAAAGCUGUUCGAGGUCAGAAAAACCGUCCACCAGUCACCAUCGGCCCCUUCGGGGCAUCGCCAGGUUUUCCUCAAAAUCGAAGUCUGUGGACAAAUCAGAUGAAGAACUCCAGUUUCCCAAAGAGUUCAUGGAAGAUUGGAGCACAAUGGAGGUGUGUGUAGACUGCAAAAAGUUCAUUUCAGAAAUCAUCAGCUCAAGCCGGCGCAGCCUGGUGUUGGCCAACAAAAGAGCCCGGUUGAAAAGGAAGACACAGUCUUUCUACAUGUCCUCGGCGGGCCCCUCGGAGUACUGCCCCUCAGAAAGGACUAUCAAUGAGAUCUGAGCCCUGUGCCUUCCCGUUGCUGUUGUGUCCAGAGGCGGUCGCAGUGCAGCAGUG